UGGAUCAUUAUGGGAACACUAGUAAUGCAGACGGAGUUGGGGUCUCUGGAGACAGGACUCAAGGACCUCAAAAAGUCCAGGUUGAUGGGUGUUCAGGAGUUCAAGGACAUGUACGGAGCUAUAGAGGAGCAUCAUCGUGACCUCAAACUGGCCCACCUGACCGGGAAGGCCCGUGACCUCCUAGAAAAAGCUGCUAGAGACACCAAAUUUUUUCAUGUCCUCGUCAAAAUGUUGUCUGAAGUCAAACAAUUACGUACAGCAAAGCAACGGGAAUCUCUUCAGAAAGUUCAUUCCUGGUAUAUGGCAAACAGACAUACGUUAUCAUCAAGGCCUCGCUUUGGUAAGUCCUUUCAGAUGAAGGAAGCUGAAGAUUUUAAGCAGAAAAUCAUGAAAACCCCUCGAAGUGCUCGACAGUCUUCAAAAGACAAAUCCAAGCAGCCAAAGGUCACACGUUUGUCAUCAGCUGAUGGGAUGCGACAGUUCUUCAGAAAUGAAACGCCUUCCUCCAGAGCAGGUGGAACACCUAAUCGGGGUCCAGCUUUGAUACAUGACCUCCCAUCAAACAAGGAUUAUGUUAGUGAAUAUCUCUCUGCAAGCUUUUUCAAUGGAAGUACAAACUUUAAUCAACACUUUGUAACAGACAUGCCACCAGGUACAGACGUGGUUGUGAACCAGCUGCCUUUGGAUGCUGUAAAUGACAUACAUGUCCUUAGUCCUACACUACUGGACAGACCGGAAACAGAGCUGCAGCGCUUGGCUUCUCCACACGAUGAAAAUGGAGAUAAUACGCCACGCCGGGAAAUAGAUGAUGCCUCCAACAUCAGUCCCCAUUACAUUGAGAGUCUAAUCAGUGAGAGCCACCGUGGCGAUAAGGACCUGGAUGAGGAGGUCGUGAACACAGAUGCUGAAGACAUGGAGUUUCCAGAGACAAGGCGAAAAUUAUCACGCGCCCAGACUCCAUCUGCCAGUAUCCGACCAACCAUCACAGACAGGUCAUCCAAUGUGUCCAAUGCUGCAUUUCUGCCGAAGAAAAUGAUACAUCCGAUAGCCAGCCUGGUGAACCCCCAUGCACAGCUGGCUGCCCAGGAGGCAGAACAAGCACAACAAGACUAUCUAGCUGCUCGGGAAAACAUGGCAUCAUCCAUGAGAGUGUUGUCUGGUAGCAAGUCUCGACAGCAGCAACAUGCCAGCGACUGUAAUCAACAAGGUGAUGGGUUACCCAGAUUUAGACCAACAACAGGAAGCCCCAAAAUAGAGAACUGGAAAUCGUUCAACAAGGACUGGAAUUAUGGACAGGAGAUACUAAGAAAUAAUGUAAGCCCUGGUGCUAGGGCUUAUCCUAAAGGUAAGCUGAACUUCGUGGGACGUAGUGGUACUGCUGUUGAUGUGCGCUAUGCUGCUCAUGAUCAGGGCGAGGCACCUGAGACUGAGACGCCACAGGUCCUGGCUUUCUAUACCUCUCAGAACCCAGACAGUAAAGAGCCUGAAGUAUUGGGUCCCCUGCCAGUAGAGGUCAACCCUGUUAAAUCUAUCAGUACCCAGGAACUUGAGGAGUUCUACCAGUUUACUGAUGGACACUACCCAGCAAAGCUGCCUAAAUACAGACCAUACUCCUCAUCCAGCAAGUCCUCUGCCAAGGCUGAGGUCAAGGACAAAAAACCAGAGAACAAGAACCAGAGAGUACAGCCAUUGGGCAGGAAACUUCUCAACAAGGAGAAUGAGGAAAAACAACAAGAAGAGAAGGAGCUGGAAGUGGUUGGUACUGGACAUUUGGUGCGACUAGACCAGGUGGUGCAUAUGAUUGAUGAUGUCACAGAAGAUAUGUCUCAUUAUAAAGAAAAGUUGGCCCCGACCCCUCAGCCUGGGUUCCGUCAGCCAUCCAGUAUGGGCGUUCCAAUGACACCUUUGUCCCGCCCCAGUACUGCCACAGGAAUCCGAUCAGCCAGCCCUGUUUACCCUCCAGGGAUGAGAUCCGCCUCACCAACGUUUCACACACAGCAUGCUAUGCGGUCUACUAGUCCUGUACAACGCUCCAACACGCCAACUCAGCCAGUAACAUCCACGGAUGUUGUUGUGUCACGACCUUUUUUCCUGACCUCUAACCCCUUCACAAGCCGUGAUAUACUCAUCCCCUCACCUGAUGCACCUGAAAAAUUCACUCCUCGAAAGUCUGUUUCCACGCCAACUAACACUGUGAUUCAGGCCAUAGACUGGCGCGGGAAAAUAACACCGGACUCCAUACGAUACAAAUGGCAGACUACACGAUUUGGUGGGCACACCUAUGUGAAAAACCUUGCCAAAUCCAAACGUCCUGUUGGUGCUACACAUGCAGGCAAGCGACCUCGUACUGCACCAGUAACAGCCAGGGAACGAUGGAAAACAGAAAAACCCAGCGACCAGAAUACCAGAAUCACAUCUCAGGCAGCCACCAACAGUAUGAUGCAGGUCGAUCAGGAAGCUGUUGACUCCAUGAUGGUUGUUCAGCAUAUCCUGGGCAGUAGUGAUUCAAGAAUGGGUUCCUAUGGCGAUCUGUUUCUGGAUGAGGAGUUCCUGAGAUCAUUUCACAUGAAGCAUUCUUCUACAGCCACCACAGUGCCUAAUACCCCUGUACCAAUGGAAUACCUGUCCAUUGUGUCUAAUGCUCCACGUUCCACUAUUGAUAGCAGGGCACAAAGUCGUCAUUCUAGAUUUUCGGAAAGACCAGAAAGCCAGUUUCAGGAUUGCGAGUUAAACGAAGACGAACGUGAAGGAAACACAACUGAAACCUGUACACCUCGUGCUGACUGGGCAGAGCCAGUGGAAGGGGCAGAACAGGUGAGGGAGCAAACAGUGGAUGCCGAGCCAGAGGAAGGGAAAGAGAAUACAGGAGAAGCAGACCAUAUUAGUCUCAUUCUUCCUAACAACAGCCAGGAUCCUCAGGCUUCAGACGACUCACUCAGGGUUGUUGAGGAUGUGACGACUCAGACAGAUGAUUUGGAGGAGGAUUUAAAGAAAGCAUUUGAGGAGUCAGGUGAGCAAGAUCUUCGUCUCAACCUCCACCCAGAUCGAGAAAUUGGUGUAAUUAAUGAGGAGAAUAGUGAUGUAGACAUCUCCCGAGAAGCCACACCCGUUGGCCCCUCUGUACCACGCCCAGUAGAGCAUCACAUAGAAGAUCUACAUGAUGGUGAGGUCCACAUAGAGGUCACCUCAAUUCCCCCUGGUGGUCGUGCACCAACACCUCCGAGGCGGCGGGACACUCCUCUUCAAGAACUCAGCAAAUCGGAGGAGUGGCAUUUUUCGCCAGAUGUGGAAACAGAUCGUGAUUCAGCACAACUAAGAAAAGUGAAUCCCUUUUACCGGGUCAAGGGAUCAAAUCUCCACUGGUCAAAGUUAACAAUAAAACCGGAAAAUUACUGUUUUGAGUGUAUACCUGACAGCAUGUCAACUAAGAUAGGGCGCUCCGCUGGUAGGAUGCCGGGACGAACACAGAGUGCUUCAUCUCAAGUGUUACGGAUGUCUCGCAAACAAAACGAGUAUUUCAAAAGGGCUCCACCUGUUAGGACUCCUCCCUCAAUACCUAGUCCUUAUCAUGUUCAGCGUGUCGUGAAGGAGUCACCGAGAUAUGGACAGACAUAUAACUCAGGACUGGAGCAUCAUGCUCGGUCAGUUCAUAGUCCUCGACACUUCAUGGAGCAUGUGGGUGAUCUUCGUAAGGACAUCCGGUCGGCACCAGCCAGUCAGUUUGCCAAUGGUGACCCUCUCGGUGGCUCUCUACAAGUGAGUCGACUGGAUGUGCCGUCUAGGGAGAACACCAUGCCGGAGAUGUACAUUGGGGACAAUGUCUAUUACUAUAAAGGUAACCCCCCUAUGUCUAUACUACGAGAACAAACAGCACCAGAGGAUAUACCAGAGGAAGGAAGGGAGGCAACUCUACCUAGUCAAGGGGAUGAAAAUUCCAAACAUGUUGGAUUUAAAAUGGAUAAUGAAAAAAGCAAUGUAUCGAAGACAACAACUAAUCCAGGAUUUUUGUCCAGUCGUGAUCGAACACUCACACAAACAUCCAUCGCUCACAUAGGCAGACCCAUCGCCCAGUACACACAUAUAGGAGAUCCUGAUGAAAUAAAAGCUGCAGCUCAAGUUCAGAAAGAGGCCAAGGCAGUGGUAGAUAUCCAGAGAAUAUUCCGUGGAUAUGUGGCGAGGAACAGGUACAAAAUACUUUUGAAGGAGGAAAGAGAGAAGAAGGAAGAUGAAAGGAUGGCACAUAAUGCUAGCAAUAAAAAAUACAAGGAACAUUUAAAUGCAAAAGCAGAGAUCUACAACCGUCCACCGCGUACAGCAGAGGAGAAAGAAUGGACGAACAAAGUGAAAAAGAUUCAAGACGAGAAAGCAGAAAAACGCCAGAAAAAAAUGGAUGAACUGGCAGAUAAAAACGCUAAAAACUUCCUUCGAGCCUCAACAAAGCUCUCAGUCAUUGGGCCGCACGUCAACAUAUACGAAAUCUACCAUCCAAAGCAAGUGGGGCCAACAAAGCAAGAAUUGUCCCACUGUGCCACUCACAUACAACGACACAUCAGAGGCUUCCUGGUCAGGAAAAAGUUUGAGAAGUUAAAGAGGAAGGCUAAGUGGUAUGGAACAACAUGGCAGAAGUUGGUACGGGAUUACAAGGGUACACUGGCACGCUGUCAGCGUAGACACGGUGUGGAGCGGGCAAGGACACCAUUUACAUUCAAGGACAUGAGUGACUACAUGGACAUGAGAAGAAGGUAUGAGAGUGUGUUUGACAAGAAAGCCUAUGGAGGAGAGCUGGAGGUCACCGACUUGGAUCAGUUUUUCCGUGAAUGUGAUCUUUAUCCCUCCAGAACUGAAAUUGAUGAGGGCAUUGAUGUAAUCUUACAAGGUCAACUAAACAAAAGACGAGGGUUGAAGAAGAGCGAAGUAUUAGAGCUGGUCUUCUAUAUCUAUGUUCCUAAGGCAACAGGUCUGAAAAACACACGCCAGUCUACGUGGAUGAAUCCCAUUAUUGAUGGUGUGGAAGCCCGUAAACUCCUAGGAAUUGCAUCUUCAUCCAAAAAGGAGUUGUUAAAAAUCUCAGGGUACACCAAUGAGAAAGGGGAGAUAAUAAGAAGUGAAUUUGUUGAACCAGCUCCUCUUGAAGUAUGUGCCAAACUUGUCAUAGACUCUAAACGGGAACGAAGAGAACGAGAAAAACAGGAGCUCAAUAAGCAGGAACAAGCAAAACUGGAGGCCAUCAAGGCGUCGGUGAAGGAGCGACGAGUUAGAGUGAAAGCUCCUGAUGAAAUGAGUGAAACAAGUAGUACAACAACAGUAGACUGAGUAAAAUUAUUGACACAUUUAGUCAGCAUAGACUGAACCAGAAGUGAUAGGAAGGUCAAACUCUGACAAAGGUCGAAAAGUCCAGCUGGUAUCUGUACAAUGGGAAUAUGUGAUUGGAUUAAAAACUGGACAAGAAAUGAGCAAACUCACAGCUAUGCAACCUUUCACUGAUAAUUUCUAAUUACACUUCACAGUCUUAUUCAGCAGGAUGGUUAUAGAAAAAUGUCAGCAUUGAAAAGACAGAAAUUUUAAGUCAGAGGCUGAAAGGAUGUAAAAA